GAAAGCGGCACGGAGGAGAGAGGAAUGCUGCAGCUUUUAUCGUGCGGAAGUUCUUUCUUCUUCGGUCGCAGCUUGAUGCAGUCGCGAGUACAGGCAGCGUAGCUUUGGAAAGGAAUUCGUUUCGCCGUCUAUGAACGAACGAGCGUUAGUGGUUAGACUUUACAACUUCAGACUAUCCUUCACCUCUUCUUCUAAGAGCAAUCUUUAUUGUGAGUAAUUUCUCACUUGUAUGAUGGAUUUCGACCCUCCCUCCUGAUCAUCAUAACCGAGGACAGAGUCUAUCUGCCUGUUUAGUUCUUCGCGCAAGCUUCUACCUCCUCUUCACCGGUUCCGGUUUCCGGCACACCAUGUUCUCCGGAAAGUUUUUCCGGGGAAUGAAGGAGUCCCUCUUCGGAGUGCCAAAGAGAAGCAGUACUUUCGAUUCGGAGCGGGGGCAGCUCUCGGACUAUGACCGGUUCAUCUCGACGGUGCUCAGCACCACCCAGGACUUCCAAAUGAGUUUCCAGAAGCUUGCCACGCUACAUGACAACCUUUUUCAGGUAGGCAAAAUGGGUAUAGCAGGCUUAAUUUUUCUUGACAUUGUGCGCCGGCAUAGGAUUAGAUGGAAAGAGAUUUAGAUCGGAACAAUCCAUCUGGGUCCCAGUAGGUAGUAUCGACCAGCAUUCAUUGCUGCUCUUCGUGUCCUUAGAAUACAAACAAAAAGUUGUGUUUUCAAUGUACGGUUUGAAUACCGAAAAACACGCGUUCCGAAUUUGUUUUCAGCUUUGCGAUUCGCUGUACCCGGUGGGACUUCCCGCAAGAAACCAUGUCGUUUCUAUCAAGGACCUGCUUGAGAUUUUUGCGCAGCGCUACCAAAAAGCGGAAGAAGUGGUAUUUUAUUUUUUGCGUGGGUCUUCUUGUUCUGGUGCCAGAAAGCGGCUGUUGGUACUUACGACGCACGAAAUUUCAAGAAUCUUCAAACAAGACCGGCGGCGUUGCAUUUUUUAAGGCGAAAAAUUCGUUGGGUGGAAAGCAGAGAGUUGAUACCAAAAAAACUACACCGCAGCUUUCGCGAAUCCGGGAUGUGGCGGGACAGGCCUCCCAGCGGAACCAAGUAAUAUUUGGCUCGCUGGACUCCAUGGAUCGCCUCACCAGCCUCUUGGACCACUACGAGGAAAAGCUGCGGAAACUGCGGGAUCAACUCCAAAAUGCCCAGAGAGACAACAACCACCGACUGUAUCCACUUGAUGUGAUAGAUCCGUUUUUUCGAUGUAGUUGUUUGGAAGGGUAGUCACAAUUUGUGUUGUUUAGGUCCCCUUUGCUGAUGCAUGGAGGUAUUAGCAAUUUUGUCCAGUUCGAAGGCGCACGCGAGUGCUUGCCACGUUUCCAGCAUGCACGUGUAAAACAGUUCUUGGUGGACAUGUUGUCCACCUCAACCCUGCAGUGAAAAUAAACGUUGAAAGUGGUCGCACCAACAUCCGUCUCUGAAGCGAAGAACUUGAACUGUGACACAAUCUUCUAUCAGGGUCGAAAGCCUGACGACGAAGAUCAUUCGGAACGAGGGCAAGCGGAACGGACACAAGCAGAACCUGGAUAAGAUCACGCGCGAUGUUAAUUUCGACAUCCACGAGAUCAUCGAGAAUCGCAUCAACUCGGCGAGUCACCUAAUCGCCGAGCUCGCGGAGCUGUACUCCGUGGCGUUUUCGGACCUGCAGAACGUGCUGGACCUUCUACGGGAACAGUCGGCCCUCCUCCGCAUCAAGGGUGCCGGUCGUGACAGCACUGCGUCCUCCCCGGCGGCGCGGCCGGCCGCUCCCGGGGAUCAAGGCUCGUCCGGAAGUCCGAAUUUUCAGCCCGCCGCGCGGAGCCCGGUACAGCAGGCGGGGAUGCGCCCCGCGGGAAGCGUGCCACCCCCGGUUGGAUUCGGCAGCGACAGCUACAUGAAUAAUCGGUCGAACUACAGUCCGCAGGGCCAAGCCGGGCCCGGUUUCGGCGGCGGCCCGGCGCCGUCUUCCGGCGUACCCCCACCGGCCGCUUCCGCGGUGCAGCCACCCACGGCCUACAGCAACCUGAACCCGCCGCCGCAGCAACCGGGGGGCGGAGGAGCUGCGGGGUCCUCCUCCGCGCCGCCUUACUACGGGGCCGCGGGUAGAGCGGCCAACCUGGGGAGUUCGAGCAGCAGUUACGCGGGACCGCCCUCUUCGUCCGACUACUAUGCAAAUGUGGACGCCUACAAUCCGCCCGCACCACCACAGUACGGAGCGCCGCCUUCGCAGCAGUUGAACUAUUCGCGUCCGCCCGCGGCCGGCAACGGGCAGUUCGCGGCACCUCCGCCGAUGCCCGGGCCGGCCCCCCGAGGAGAUUCGAACGCAGCCUCCUCCCGCGGAAUGGGGUCUUACAGCAUACAGCCGCCGCCCGAAACGCCGCAGACGCGCGCCGGCGGAGGCACACCGCAGCUGCUGCCCGGGGCAGAGGGCGACACUUCGGUGACACGCAAAAAGAAGAAGAAACGGGAAGAAGAGGAGGAUUGGGGGGGUUUCUAAAUGUACUACGUAUAAUCGUGAUGGUAGGAGAUCGCGCCUUACUAAGAAUGUCGAUCAGACCUGAACAAUCUAAUGCCUGCGCACACGCAUUCUGAGAAUACAGCGAGCCUUUUGAUGAUGGUCUGUGAGCUGGUGUGAAGAUUUGUAGAACGAGGUUGAUCAUCAUCAUCCAAGAGUGUUCGCUGCUACCAGCAGCCACUCGGUUCGCUUGCGGCAUCUAAGUUUUUCUGUCAACACCAUUGGCGCUCGUUUUUGUUGUGGUGGUGAACAAAUCGUUCUUCGGUGUAGCACACAGUCCGGAUUUCGUGGUCCGUGAUAGAUUCUGG